CAGUUCCGGCAAAGUUCUUGUGGCUGCUGGUCAGGUCAUGUCGUUCAAUGCUCUUGCUAGUUCUGAAUUAUAUGAUCCAUCAACAGGGCAGUGGAACUCUACUGGAAACAUGGCAACCGCGCGGACAUAUCAUACUGCAACCCUGCUCAGUUCCGGCAAAGUGCUUGUGGCUGGUGGUACAGACACGUCAAGCAAUGCUGUUGCUAGUUCUGAAUUAUAUGAUCCAUCGACGGGGAAGUGGAACUCUACUGGAAACAUGGCAACCGCGCGGAGAAUGCACACUGCAACCCUGCUCAGUUCCGGCAAAGUUCUUGUGGCUGCUGGUUUUGGCGGGUCGUUCGAUGUUCUCGCUAGCUCUGAAUUAUAUGAUCCAUCAACGGAGCAGUGGAACUCUACUGCAAGUAUGGUAACCCAGCGGAGAUUUCAUACUGCAACCCUGCUCAGUUCCGGCAAAGUUCUUGUGGCUGCUGGUAGUGGCGGCAUGUCAGGCGGUGCUAUUGCUAGUUCCGAAUUAUAUACUCUAUGA